GUUCAAAACAAACGCACACAAAAUCCAGUAGAGAGAGUCAGAGAUGGAAGAGGAGGAUUUGGACUAUGUUCUGGUUCCAUUGGGUCUGUGUGUUCUGGGAACAUAUCAUGUUUGGCUUCUGAUCACUGUGCUACGUCAUCCAAUACGAACUGUGAUCGGUCUGAAUGCUCAGUCUCGUCACCAGUGGGCCUUAUCCAUGAUGAGUGACCCUUUGAAGAAUGGUGUUUUGGCUGUCCAGACAAUACGCAACAACAUAAUGGCAUCAACACUUUUGGCAACAACAGCUAUCACACUCAGUUCUCUUAUCAGUGUGUUCGUCAGCAGUACAUCAAACUCCGGAAACACCUCAAAUCUAGUUUAUGGCAAUAAGACAGCCACUCUCUCUUCAAUAAAGUACUUCUCUAUCUUGCUGUGCUUUCUUGUUGCCUUUCUCUGCAAUGUGCAGUCUAUUAGAUACUAUGCCCAUGUUAGCUUCUUGGCCACUGUUCCAACAUGGCAAGGUAGAAAGGAUUGUAUCGAGUAUGUUGCAAGAAACUUGAAUCGGGGAAGCUACUUUUGGUCACUUGGAUUGCGAGCUUUCUACUUCUCAUUCCCUCUCUUCCUUUGGAUAUUUGGGCCUAUACCAAUGUUUGCAUGCAGCUGUGUCAUCUCUUUUGUUCUUUAUUUCCUAGACACUACCACCAGCUUCACACGACUUCUUCACAGUCACUCAGUGAAAGAGGUAAAAGCUGAUCAUGAUCUAGAAUCACUCGGACAAUUAUCAUAGGGUCACUUGGAAAGUAGAUGGGACUCUUACAGUUGGUAAGUCAAACAUAAGCGCUUGUUUAUGUAUAUACUUCUAUCCUGUAUAGAUGUGAAUGUGCUUGGAAUCCUGCCUUGUUUGUGCCGUUAGUCUAUAGAAUAAACUGUCAUCAGAUUCAGGUAAUAAGAAAUUAUAGACCAUGAAGGAUUCAUUAGUACUCUAGUGGUUUUGAAGUAUCCUUGAUUCGAGAACAAAACGUCAAGGCAAAGUAAUCUUCAGAUCAAGAUGUGGCUCUACUUUUCGACAAUGAGAGUGGACUCUCUGUAUCCUGUUUUUUGGUUUUCUAUUGUAAGUUUGUAAAUAUAUAAUUCAUCUUCUUGUACUUCUCAAACUUUUACAUGUAUAAUUCUUGAAUCCCAAUAUACUAUCCCACAUUCCCACAUAGAUGUGGUGGAAUAACCAUGACAUUCCAUUCCCCUC